UCGAACCUGGGCGGCAGCGCGCCGUAGUGCAGCCAAAGCACAGGGACUGAACACCAGGCUGCUGUAUUUCCACCCCGAAAACCCCUCAAAUAACAGCUUUCUUUUCCUUUUUAUUUGUAUUUCUUUGGUCUAAUUAUUGUUUUAAACCAAGCCUGGAGGGAUUCGAGUGGUCUUCAUGCAUCUGUGGACCAUUAAACCACGACCCAAUCCCGAAAACAUCUCGACAGGAGCAACAAGCCAGAACUGGAUCCAUAUGUGGCUGCAGUGUUGACACGGCCUGGCUGAGAGAUAUCAAUACGCAGUGAUGUCAUCCAUCUCGCCCAUCAGUGCUGCAGGCUGAGGGACAUCAACACAACCUACUGAGUGGCCUACUACAUCUUAUGCUCUUGGACCACCGCUUCCUCCUUCUCUAGUUCAUCUAAAUAACACAGAUAUUACACCUCGGCUUGCCUCGAACGGAGCGUCUCUCUCUCUCUCUCUUCUGGACCUUCUGUGUCUUGGUCCAGGGAAACGCCCUGUUCUGAACCAACAAGCAGCACAAUAACACCUACAGGGGUGCACUAACUUUUUCUUCCUGGCAAGAUUUGAUUACGAACGGCGUGAAAAUGACGGAGUAUAAACUGGUGGUGGUUGGUGCUGGUGGCGUGGGCAAGAGCGCCCUCACCAUUCAACUGAUUCAGAACCACUUUGUUGACGAGUACGACCCUACAAUUGAAGACUCGUACAGGAAACAGGUGGUGAUCGAUGGCGAGACGUGUCUGCUGGACAUUCUGGACACGGCCGGUCAGGAGGAGUACAGCGCCAUGAGGGACCAGUACAUGAGGACAGGAGAGGGCUUCCUCUGUGUCUUCGCUAUCAACAACACAAAGUCGUUCGAGGACAUCCACCAGUACAGGGAGCAGAUCAAAAGGGUAAAAGAUUCCGAUGACGUCCCCAUGGUGCUCGUGGGUAAUAAAUGCGACCUGCCAGCUCGUACAGUGGACACAAGGCAAGCCCAGGAACUGGCCCGCAGUUACGGCAUCCCUUAUAUCGAAACGUCCGCCAAGACACGACAGGGAGUGGAGGACGCGUUCUACACACUGGUGCGUGAAAUCAGGCAGCACAAGCUCAGAAAGCUGAAUCCACCGGACGACAACGGCCAAGACUGCAUGAACUGCCGUUGCGUCGUGUCAUGACCAAGAAAGUUGCUCACAUAAAACGGAAGAGACUUUUGGAGCGUCUGCUUCGCUCCGACACUCUGAUGCCUCCACUGAUGUUAGAGGUUUGGACCGAACUGUAUAAAAAGGAUAACCCUUAACAUUGGCACAAGUGGAUUGAACUCUCCACCUUGUUUUUUUGUUUUUGUUUUUCUUUGAGGGACAUCUCUAAAAACGUCCUCCACUGGAGAAAACUUACCUCAAAGACUGUAGUCUCAACACUGGGUUUGCUUCGGGAACGUAACACUUCAAUAUAUUAUCCCACACUUUAAUACAGCACUAUCUACUCUGUGCUGAACACAAUAACCUCGCCUUUCCACCUCAUCAGCUUUGGAUUUUAUCGCCGAACGCGAAGGAGGAAUGUAGAACUUUUACCGUAUUCGCAUUUGUGAACGCUUAGAUUAGCAAAUAUAACGAGCCGGUGGGCGGGGGGGUCUAACUCGAUGUAAUGUAUAUAUACUGAUCUCUCGCAACGAAAUACGUCUGUUCCAGUGCAAUAGUUUGUUGAUGAAGGUACAGUGACAUGAUAGCGGAACACACUGCUCGGGCAUCGUUGAUUUGCACACGGCAUCAGACUGCGUUUUAUCUCUCGGGCUCUAUUAAAACGAUAACGCAAAUUUUUUCCGAUCUUGUCACCGAACAUAGGACACGUUUGCUCCUUGGGUUUAUUUGCGCUUUUCUUGAGCAUCAGUUCACGAUGCCUGUAGGUUGCUCUAUACUUUAUACUAUAUCCAGAGGGCAGACUCGUAACUGAAUUGCACAUAUUGCAACCUUAAAAGCCUAAAGCACUUACAUUAUUGCCAUCACUGUGCUUGUUUUUGUUUUUUGUUUUGCUGCUCAGGGCACAAUACAGUCUGGAAUGGAGUCUCAUGUCUUAUUGUGGACCAAAUGGAUGUUGACAACCAUGCUCUUUUUUUUUUUUUGCAAGUGUUUAGAAAGGGACACUGAAGUUCUAUGUGAUGUGAGCAAAUCAAAUCAGUGCUCUUUUAGCUCUGAUAUUAUUGUAUUUUUUUUUUUUUCUAACAUCUUUUUCUCUCUUUUUAAUGUAUGUCAAAGUGACUGCGUCAUAGUCGAUUAACAACACAGCUUCACUAGGAAACUGUGAGGAGCAGGUACACUUGCCCCUGAAUGUUUUUCUUUCAUUGUUCAUUUACAUGUAACGUUAUUGAAAAAAAAUUACAAAAAUUAGAUAUGCGGAUUCACUUGCUAGUUGGAAUGGUUUUGAACAUUAAACAUUUCCCCCCUCA